AUGUCUUCGUUGACAUUCUUCCACGACUUUGUCUCGCAGCCUGCACGAGCCGUCGACCUUCUUCUGGGAGCUGGCAAAAUCGAGCACGUAAAACAUUCGGUGAAGCUUGGAGAAGGAGCGCAUAAGAAAGAUGAAGAGUUUGGUAAAGUUUGCCCAACCAGACAACUCCCGGCCAUCUGUGAUGGUGACUUCUGCCUGUUUGAGAGCUCUUCCAUUCUGAAGUACCUGGUGAGAGAGUAUAAUCUGCCGGAGCACUGGUACCCAUCAGAUGUACAGCGUCAGGCCAAGAUUGACGAGUACCUGGGGUGGCAUGGUACUAACCUACGCAGAGGAGCAGCUUGGUACCUCGCAAAUAAAUACGUCGCUCCCAUACUCAUUGGCGGUACUCCAAAUCCAGACAAGCUAAAGGAGCUUGAAGGGGUCCAGAAAAGGAGCAAAGACAUGCUCGAAAACUACUUUCUGAAGGACAAGAAGUUUAUUGGUGGAGACGAGAUCUGCAUUGCUGAUCUGCAGGCCGUGUGCGAGUUCACUCAGUUCUGGAUGGUGCACAUUGACCCUUGCGAGGGCUACCCGCGAAUCGCCCAGUGGAUAAAGGAUGUCCAAGCCGCCAUUGGGCAGGAAAUUUUUCGACGAAGUUCACGUGGCUGUCCAACGCGAGCCGUCGGCCUUCUUCUGGGAGCUGCCAAAAUCGAGCAUGUAAAACAUCCGUUGAAGCUGGCAGGAGGAGAGCAUAAGAAAGAUGAAGAGUUUGGUAAAGUUUGCCCAACCAGAGAAGUCCCGGCUAUCUGUGAUGGUGACUUCUGCCUGUUUGAAAGCUCCUCCAUUCUGAAGUACCUCGUGAGGAAGUAUAAUCUGCCGGAGCACUGGUACCCAUCCGAUGUACAACGUCAGGCCAAGAUUGACGAGUACCUGGGGUGGCAUGGGACUAACCUACGCAGAGGAGUAGCUGGGUACCUUUAUAAUAAAUACAUUGCCCCCAAGUUCUUUGGCGGUACUCCAAAUCCAGACAAGCUAAAGGACCUUGAAGGUGUCCAGAAAAGGAGCAAAGACAUGCUCGAAAACUACUUUCUGAAGGACAAGAAGUUUAUUGGUGGAGACGAGAUCUGCAUUGCUGAUCUGCAGGCCAUCUGCGAGCUCACUCAGUUCUGGAUGAUGCACAUUGACCCUUGCGAGGGCUACCCGCGAAUCACCCAGUGGAUAAAGGAUGUCCAAGCUGCCAUUGGGCAGGAAAUUUUCGACGAAGUUCACGUGUUUGUGUACUCCAUGCGAGACCAGAACAUGUUUGGCACCAAGUGA